AGCCCCACUCCGCUCUCCCCAGCCCUCCUAUCACACGCGAUCGACCGUCGACUCUCCAUCCCUGAGGAAAGCAGGGCACUGUCCACAGGCAUGGGGACGGCAAAUGAUGGGGAGGUGGCCCCCGGGGCUCCCCAGCCCACCUGCAUCAAGGUGCACAUCCACCAGGAGUCGGCUCUGGCCAAGCUCCUGCUGAGCGGGUGCUCCCUGCUGCAGCCCCUCGUGCCCGCGCCCCAUGCCGCCUCCCGGGCCCUGGGCCGCCGCCGGCUGCUGGUGGCCUCCUGGGUGGUGCAGAUGGUGCUGGGGGUGUUGAGUGGGGUCCUGGGAGGAUUCCUCUACAUCUUCUUCUCCACCAACCUGCGUGACUCAGGAGCUCCCAUCUGGACAGGGGCUGUGGCUGUGCUGGCUGGAGCUGUCGCCUUCAUUUACGAGAAACGAGGUGGCACCUACUGGGCCCUGCUGAGGACCCUGCUCGCCCUGGCAGCUUUCUCCACGGCCACUGCGGCCAUCAUCAUUGGGGCUACAAAGCUGUGGGAGUACAACAGCUACUUUUAUUUCAAUGGUAUCUGUGACGUCUCCCCUCCCUGGAGCCCCACCGGGCCCCCCACCCCUUCGAGUCCAGACAUUGGAAGGCUGCAGCUGUGCAUCUCCUACGUGAAAAUGCUGAAGGCCCUGCUCAUAAGCAUCAAUGCCAUGCUGUUAGGGGUCUGGGCUCUACUCCUUCUGGCAUCUCUGGUCCCCCUGUGUCUAUUCUGCUGGAGAAGAUGCCGAUCUAAGGAGAAAAGAGACCUUCCCUUGGAAGAAACUGCUGACAGUAAGUGAAAUCUAGCCCUGCUUCUCCGGAGGAUCCAUGCCUGGAACUCCGCCUGGACUGGGUGUCGCAGCCUCUGCCUCUUUGAAGAAGAACCAGCCAGGGAAGAGAGGCGCUCCUCUGGCCCCAGUUAUCCUUCUGCCAUGGCCAGAGCCACUGCCCUGCCCCACCAGCCAUCAUAGCUGCUCUGGUCCACGUCCUGCUCACCUUCACCAUCCUGCCAGCUUCACGUCCCCUCUUGAGCAAUGACGAUAAUAAACUCUUGUGUUGUUGCUCCCA